UCAAUUCUCUCUCGCGUUUCCCACGGACAAACAACUAAACGCUUUCUAUCAGACGAAGCUUAUUUAGGCUUCUUCGUCACUUGUUCGUUUAUUUUUCGCCACUGACUAAAUGAUUUGAACGCCUCUUAUAGUGAUAUUGCUGAUUUUGCUCGUGGUGUCUGUUUAAGGACAAGACAGAAUCACUUACAGGGGCUGCAGUUGUCAAGAAAGGCUCUGGCAUGAUGUCAAACCCAGUCGAGACAGAUGACAGAGAGCUGAGGCCAAUCGACUUCAUGCAGCUUCAGCAGUACAUUAACUAUUGCAGUCUGAAAGUAAAAGAUGUGUUAAAGGAAUUUAAUGCAGAUGGCAGGUUAGCCAAAUACAGACAUGGAGAGUGCAUUGAUGAGAAAGGUUUCCGUCUCUUCCUGAAGACGUAUUUGGAAGAGGACAACUUCCCUGCAGAUCUGUGCCAGCGCUUGUUCAGAUCAUUCCAGAACUCAGAGUCGGCUAAAUCAGAUGAGAACAGGGAAGUCUUUCUGAAGGAUGUUUCCUGUUAUUUCUCUCUUUUGGAAGAUGGGCAGCCAAGGGACAAGCUUGAAUUUGCAUUUAGGCUUUAUGACAGAGAUGGCAACGGAGUUCUGGACAGUUCGGAAGUGGACCGCAUUAUUGCCCAGAUGAUGCACGCAGCAGAAUACCUUGGCUGGGAUGUGUCUGAACUGAGGCCUGUGCUGAAGGAUAUGAUGACAGCGAUUGAUUCAGACAGUAGUGGUACAGUGUCUUUGCAGGAAUGGGUGGAGGGUGGCAUGAAUAAUGUCCCCCUGCUGGUUUUACUGGGACUAAAGAUUACUCAAAAAGACGGCCAACAUCUAUGGAGGAUGAAACAUUUUAACAAGCCUGUGUACUGCAACGUCUGUCAGAAUAUGCUGCUGGGUCUACGCAAACAGGGUCUCUGUUGCACCUGCUGCAAAUACACAGUCCAUGGCCGGUGUGCCAAUAAGAAUCCUGCUCCAUGCACCCGAACAUAUGUGAAGUCAAAGAAAGAGACAGGGAUUGCGUCCCAUGACUGGGUGAGUGGAAACUGUGAUUCUGGAAAGUGUGACAGGUGUCAGAAGAAGAUCAAGAGUUUACACGGUCUUACUGGGAAAUGCUGCGUUUGGUGUCACACCAUGAGACAUGAUGAGUGUGCAGUCCAGGAACCCUUAGAAUGCGAUUGUGGCCCUUUCAGGGAUCAUAUUUUACCACCAUGGGCCAUAUAUCCUGUCAUUAAGGAGAGGCCAAACUGCAUAAAGAACGGCUGCUCAGGUGCAGGUGAUGACAGUGACCACAACACUACACCUGAUGGACAGGUACUACAGAUAAAUCCAAUUCCUGACACUCACCCUCUUUUGGUGUUUGUGAACCCUAAAAGUGGUGGAAAACAAGGAGAGAGAGUCCUUCGAAAAUUCCAAUACUUGUUGAAUCCUCGGCAAGUUUAUAACCUUUCCAAUGGUGGACCAACACCAGGGUUGUGUUUCUUCAGAAAUCUGCCAGACUAUAAAAUAUUAGUCUGUGGAGGUGACGGCACAGUUGGCUGGAUACUUGACGCCAUAGAUAAAUCCAACCUGUCAGUGCGGCCCCCUGUGGCCGUGCUUCCUCUUGGAACAGGGAAUGAUCUUGCUCGCUGCCUUCGAUGGGGAGGAGGUUAUGACGGAGUGGAUUUGGGCCGGAUCCUGAAGGACAUAGAGGGCAGUUCUUUAGUACCGAUGGAUCGCUGGAGCAUACAGGUGAUUCUAGAGGACAGUCAGGAGAGGGGUGACCCAGUUCCCUACGAAAUCAUCAACAAUUACUUCUCCAUUGGAGUGGAUGCUUCCAUUGCUCACCGCUUCCACACCAUGAGGGAGAAACAUCCACAGAAGUUUAACAGCAGAAUGAAGAACAAACUGUGGUAUUUUGAAUUUGCCACAUCCGAGACCAUCUCAGCAUCUUGUAAAAAACUCAAGGAGUGUAUCACCAUUGAGUGUUGUGGGACCCAGUUGGAUCUCAGUAAUCUUUCCCUGGAAGGCAUCGCUGUCCUCAACAUUCCCAGCAUGCACGGUGGGUCCAACCUGUGGGGUGAAGCCAAAAAGACUGACAAACCUGACCAGGAUUUACCUGAUGUCAUAGUUGACCCUGAAAUCUUAAAAGUGAGCCCACAAGACAUGAGCGAUAAGCGUCUGGAGUUGGUGGGUUUGGAAGGAGCCAUGGAGAUGGGACAGAUUUACACAGGGCUGAAAAGUGCAGUCCGACUUGCCAAAACAUCUCAAAUUACCAUCAGGACAAAAAAGCCGCUGCCCAUGCAGAUUGAUGGAGAGCCGUGGAUGCAGCCACCUUGUACCAUUCACAUAACACAUAAGAACCAAGCCAGUAUGCUCAUGGGCCCUCCAGCCAAAUCUUCUGGCUUUUUCAACAUGAAAUAGGGUUUGCCCGUGCCUGAACAAAGCUAUGGAUGGUCCAUUUUGCUUCAAAAUUCUGUAUACAUUAACAAGGACACUGAAGCCAAUGCCUGUUUUCAGCCAAUAUGCCAAUUUGUAUUUCUGCUCAAUAAGGUUUCAGCUUUUAUUCAAACCCUUAGGAGAUUAUCCUUACAUAAGGUUGUGAUUUUAAAACUGAUCUCUUCACACUAGCCUACCUUAAAAUCAACCGUGCAUCAAAUGUGCAUUCUUGAAAGAAAUAUAGUUACUGUAUAUCAUACAGUAGGUCAUGCAUUUUUGCUAAAUAAGUAAAUAAGAUGGAUAUUUGUUUUAAGGUUAUGUAGAUAUGCAUAAAAAUAUGCUUUGCUCCAAAGCAUCCAUUGUAUAUUGCGAUGCUAAGGGUUGAUGUAGAAUAUGCUCAGUAGCUUGUAGUAUAGACGAUUUAAACAGAUCUGAGCUAACUCUGCACAGCAGGAACACUGCUUUGUUUUUAUUAGAUUGUAAAUCUUCUGUGGCCACUGCAGUUACUAAUCAUUAUGUAUGUUUAAUCCAGAUUAAACCAGGCCAAACAAGGUGCCAAUGUGCUUUUUGCCAGAAUAAUGUCUGGAGUUAGUAAAUCAAAUUCCAAAGAGCUUUUUGACACAUCUAAAUUAUGUUUCUGUUUUAAAUGGUUUACACCUAAAAUAGUAGGUGUAAUGUUUAGAGAACAUAUUGAAAUAAAAUCUAAAGUAUAAUUUCAUUAGGUUAUUUUCAUCAUCUCCAGAUAGUAUUGAGGUAGUUAGGUGAGACUGAUUUUGCACUGAUUUGCAUGGAGUGAUAGUUCAUAAAAAGUCAUUCAAUUGUAUUUAGAGUGCUAUCGCUCCUUAAUAUCUAAUCAUGAAAUGGACCAGAUAGCACAUUGCACACAUCUGUUUUAAUCAUUGAUUAAGUUUGCUUGUACAUAACAUUUUUGGCACUCUGACAGGCUUUUUAAUUUCACGCCGCUACUGAGAAUGUAGAGAAUCUCUUAAUUUUGUGAAUAUGU